CGCCAUGUUUGAUCGGUGGUUGGCGCAUGCUCGAUGACCUUUGUUUGUGACCCGCGAUGGGACAUGACGUCAUCUCGCCCGAUUUGGGAGUGCAAUUUUUAACUAACGCAAGGAAACGGAAAAGGUCCCUCCGUCUGAUGUAGCUGCGUGUUUCUACCCAUGGAUAUAUUAUAGCGUUUCACCUCGGGAGUACAUAUGAGGUCUCUCAAACUCGGAUAUACCUUUUUACAGCUAUGUAGUGAACGAUAGGAUACUAUAAGUGAAGAUAAAUCAUCGCUUGGAUUAUUUUGACGAACACCCUGGAAAAUGGUCUGCAUUGGAACUCAUCAACACAGGACGGACGGUUGGACACGUUUCUGUUAAUCCUUUCCCAGUCCUCAAGCCAGCUGUAGCUGGAACGAUUUUGUUCUUGUGAUUUUCGAGUUAGACUGGAAGCGAACGGACCUACCCCAAUAUGCAGCCUAACAGGGGAGAUAAAAUGGACAAUGACCCCAAGCGCAAGUCCAAGACGAGUAGUCGGGGGUCCCACCAGACCCGGUCUGGUAACCCCGCCAACACUGGCGUGCUCAUGGUCGGGCCCAAUUUUAGAGUCGGAAAGAAGAUUGGGUGUGGCAACUUUGGUGAGCUGAGACUAGGUAAAAAUUUAUACAACAAUGAACAUGUGGCCAUCAAAUUGGAACCCAUGAAAUCCAGAGCACCCCAGCUUCAUCUAGAAUACAGAUUUUACAAGAUGCUGGGACAAGCAGAGGGCGUACCGCAGGUUUACUACUUUGGUCCCUGCGGUAAAUACAAUGCAAUGGUCAUGGAGUUGAUGGGGCCGAGUCUGGAGGACCUGUUUGAUAUCUGUGAUAGGCAAUUCUCAUUAAAGACAGUCCUUCUUAUAGCAAUCCAGUUGCUUCACAGAAUAGAAUAUGUACAUAGUAAGCACUUGAUCUACCGCGACAUCAAACCGGAGAACUUUCUGAUCGGCCGGCAGUCCAGCAAGAACCAGAACGUCAUCCACAUCAUCGAUUUCGGUCUGGCCAAGGAGUACAUCGACCCGGAGACCAACAAACACAUUCCCUACCGGGAGCACAAGAGCCUGACCGGCACGGCGCGCUACAUGAGCAUCAACACCCACCUGGGAAAAGAGCAAAGUCGGCGAGAUGAUCUGGAGGCCAUGGGUCACAUGUUCAUGUACUUCCUCAGAGGCAGUUUACCUUGGCAAGGCCUCAAGGCCGACACACUCAAGGAGAGAUACCAGAAGAUUGGGGACACAAAGCGGGCAACGCCCAUCGAAGUGCUAUGUGAAGACUAUGUCGACGAGAUGGCGACAUACUUACGCUAUGUCCGUCGACUGGACUUCUUCGAGACGCCCGACUACAACUACUUAAGGAAGCUCUUCCAGGACCUGUACGACAGGAAAGGCUUCGGCCAGGAGACCGAGUUUGACUGGACAGGCAAACAGCUGACAUCCCAUGUCACCACAACGUCAAGUGAAGUGUCACAGUCUAAAGAUGCCAAUCCUCAGGGGAGGGAUCGAGACAAAGCACGCUACGCUCAAAAGCAACCACCAACCGCACGUGCCUGGCCCGAAGCAACCGCCAAGCUAGCCCCGCCCAUGCUGGCUGACCAGCGGGGGUCUGUUCAGGUCAUGAGCUCCACCAAUGGGGAGCUGGGGCCCGAGGAUCGUCGGUCGGAGGUGCCCAUCGCACCGCAGCCUGAAAUCGACUCGCCAGACGACACAAAGUGUUGCUGUUUCUUCAGGAGGAAAAAGAAGAAGAGGCCAACGUGUCGCAAAUAGCGCCCCGCCCUGCUGCCACGCCCGUGACCCCACCCAGUUUCUCUAUCUACUUCGUAUCUUUAGCUUCACUGUCUCACGUGUGGUGUCAUCAAUGGUGCUCCUGGACCGCCCAGCAGAAGCCUGCAUACUUGUUCAUCGUCGGAUCUCUUUCUUCAAUAUCUACUAGAAACAUUUUCCCCUGGUUUUUUUUUUCUGUUCACUUCUCCAGUCGGCGUAUCCCUAGUUCUGUGUUCUGUUGAUGAUUUCUUUUUAUUGCUGCUUACUGUGUCCAGAAUGCACUGCUGCUUUGAGUUUCACAUUGCCCAGCUGCACUGGAUCGGGUACCAGCCAAAUGUUGUACUGGCACUGUGGGGUAAUUGUGACUGGUAACCGGUAGCUUGCACUAAGUGUGCAUGGACACUGAGCACGCCUGCUUUGAAGUUGGACAGUGAAAGUUUGACCAAAUUUUUUUUUGGGGGGGGGGGGAGGGGGGGGGGGGAGUCACAAAUUCACAGUGACUGUAUUGUUUUCCCAAAAAUGUCAAUUAAAGAUGUUGGCAUUCUCGAUUUAGGUUAGUUAGUUUCGUUCCCUGAAUAAAAACCUUUUAUUUUUCCACUUUCUUGUUGUUAAUUUUACAAUGUACUUACCCCUGUAAUAUAUGACAUCAUUGUUUUCCAUUUAUGUCAUAUGCACCUGGUUGGCAUUACAAAACAAACGCACAUAAUCGAUUUUUGUCCUCAACAAACCUGUACAUACUGCACUAUUUGCAAGAGUACAUGUAUAAUGGCAAUCUGUGUGUCAUCACUGCAAACAAAAUAACAUUACCACAAUGCACUUUAGGCACAGGUCAGACAUGUGUUUGUUUAUCAUUCUGUGCAGACACAUUGAUUAUUUCUUCUUUUUUUCUGGAUGGUUGCGCUGCUCGCAGCCCGUAUUAAAGUUAUUGCUAUUUUCUGUUUUGACAAAUCACUGUUAAUUUGACAUGAACUUGUUUGGAUGUAAUAGAAGAUAAGCAUUGCUCCAGAAAGAUUUUUGAUAGAUAUAAAUGAAUUGGGUCAAAGGUUCCCUUAAUAGACAUAUCACUUGUAACUCCCAGCAAUUUUUAAAAGUCACAUGCAUUGAUUCAAUAAGAUCACAGAAAGACUAGAAUUGGUGAUAGUGCUACUCCCUUGACACCCGUUACGCCCGCUCCUAACCCUUACAACCCAACCCCAAAAACCUGAAACCCCUACCCCAAAACCUAAAACCCAACACCUCUAAACCCCAACACCCAAACCUCUACCUCCAAAACCUAACACCCAACCCAAACAAACCUAAAGCCCAACCCCCAAAAAACCUAAAGCCCAACCCCAAAACACCUAAAGCCCAACCCCCAAAAAACCUAAAGCCCAACCCCAAAAAACCUAAAGCCCAACCCCAAAAAACCUAAAGCCCAACCCCCAAAAAACCUAAAGCCCAACCCCCAAAAAACCUAAAGCCCAACCCCUAAACCUAACCCCCCCCCAAAAAAAAAACCUAAUGCCCCAACCACCAAAAACCCAACCCCUAAACCUAAAACUCCAACCCUCAGACUCAAACACCUACCCCAUCCCCCACCCCCCCCCCCAAAAAAAAUCUAAAACCACAACCCCAACACAAUUACCUAAAUGCAAUUAAUAUUGGCCUGCCCCUUUAUAGCUUAUGUAAAUUGCAUUUGCACACGGCAAGUAUGGUUCAAUAUUAUUUUGUGUUAAAUUUUAUUAUUUAAGUGUUUAAUUUAUCAGAGGUCGCAUUCAGAAAUCAAAUGAAGUCUGAAUAAAUACAUGUAUGCAAAAUCUAAAUUGCAGCACACUCCUCCCCCUCCCCUAAAAUACUUGAAUAUGCAUCAGAUUCUAUUCAUUUGAAAAAAGCACAUUACAAUGAUCUACCUCACCUAAGCCCCACCCACCUGACCCUUGACCUUGUCUAAUUUGCAUGAAUUUUUCUACUGAAACUGGUGGAAUGGAAUGAAGAAUGUUUUUUAUACACUGUAGAAGAAAAGAAAGAAAAAGGAUGUUUUACAUGUAAUGUUGUACUUCAUAGUAGUAAAUAAGAUCAAAUCUGGACGUUGUUUUCUACUGUAUAUGGGAACCCACAAUAUUGCAGCAGUAGAAAGUGGUGUCAAUUUAUAAAGGGGCAAAGUAAGUGUAGGAACAUUUUAAUGGCUUUCAGUGAAACAUAACGAUGAAAAAGUAAUGAUAAAUGUGGGCAAACACUUUGUAAUAUAUUCUGGUCGGAUAUUCACAUGAUGUGCAUAUGUUUGGUUGAUUUUCUAUCCGGUGUGAAUAUCAUAUCAUGCAUAAAUGAAUAUACAUGAAAGUAAUAUACACAGGGCACACCACAGUCUUGAAAAUGUGGCAGCUUUGCUUAAAAAUGGUGGGGUGGUUUUUUUUGCAUUGUCCAUUGACCAAGAAUAUCCUCAUCUUUGUUUUACUUUUGUUUGUUGUAGCACAGUUUACUUGAACUUGAAGAAAUGUCCAGUAUGAAAUAGUUGAAAUGUUGACAGCAAUUACCCAUGUACAUUUUUUGUUGUUGAUGAAAAAAAACACAUUUCUGUAGUGCAUUCUAGGUUAUUGUUUUUUUAGUGUUAUACAUGUCAUGUGUUUUGCCGACUUGUUGCACCUAUUCAUCACUCACUUCUCCAUUUCACAUCGGCUUUAGAGAGUAUUUUUACUGAAAAAAAAAAUAUUCAUAAUUGCACCCUAUCUGUGCUUUACGAAAAAAUAAUUGUGUCCAUGAUGAUUAAUUUGGUAAGAAAAAAAAAUCUGUAAAGAAAAGCGAAUUUUUGUUUAAGAAAAAAGCAAGAGAUUAAGUCAUGAUUUUUUGGUUCGUUGUUGACUGUAUAAAUAGCUGUAAGUUAAAAACAUAGCGGGGGCAAAUUUCUCUGCAAAUUGCUCACUUUGUUGAUAAAUAAAUAAAAAAAAUCUUUCUACUUGUAAAUAUUACUUCCAAAGGUGUAAGAACCUGGUUACAAAAACAGAUUGUAAUAUGAUAACAUUGCCACAUUGGUACCUCUUAAAGGGAAAUAAGUUUUACUGAUAGAUUAAAAAUGACAACAGGUUUGAAGGUUUUUUUUGUAGUUUCUGGGCAUAAUAGUCGGCAAAAAUUGCUGUACACUGCUGUAAUUUAAUAGAUUUUUAUUUGUUCUCGCAAAUGGUCAAAACCCGAGGCAGAUCCAGGGAUAUCUAAAGGGGGGUGGGAAAUUGUGAAAAUGGGGCAUCGGCAUCGGAGUUUUCGAUAAAAAUAAGUCAUGUUUGAUAAUUUGUGGUAAAUUUUCAGGGUUCCUAAGAUAACAAGUUGCUUGGAUGUUCCUGUAUUACAGUUGAAUUUUUAAGCUUCCUGAGAAUUUCAAAUCUUUUUUUUUUUUAAGUUCGGCUGUAAUUAAAACACGUUAUUUUCCAAGUUCAUUUGCGGUAUUAAAAAUCUGUAAAUUUAAUGGGGGGGGGGUUGAUAUUUUGUACUUCUUGAGGUAAACAUGUGGCUCAGAGAACGUGUUGAUCCAAAUAAUGUUCUGGAUUACUUCGUAAUCCUGGCGCAUGAAAUGAUGACUACGAGUUGGUGCGGAGAUUCGUACUAUAGUGUGCAGUGACAGUGCCCUGAAGUUGAAAAUCAUCAAUAAAUACAUUUUUAAAAAUUGGACACAGAAAAUAACGUAAAGAUUCCAUCUUACAAAACGUAGAUUUUGCAGGUUAGUUGUCGAAUACAAGGUUAAAAAUAUAGCAUCUAAUACUCUUUUCCUGUCAGUUGA